AUGUCAGAUACAGACUCGCUAACAGUGGCGAAAGUAUUUGAAGAAUGCAUUUAUCGACGAUUUGGCGCACCAUCUUUAAUACGACAUGGCCGUGAGCCACGGUUCAUGAGUGAGAUGUUUCAAGCGUUCGCAGAACUGAUACAAGCACAAUCUCGAUCUACACUGAGUUAUCGUCCACAAGGUGAUGGUCAACAGGAGUGGUCGGUGAAGACAGUGAUGCAAUCAGUAAAAUUCUAUGUGGAGGAUCCACUACAACAAGACUGGGAUGAAAUUGCCGAGCGACUAGUAUUCGCGAUCAACAACUCACACGAUAUGACCCGGAAGGAGACACCAUUUUACCUUAGUGUGGCUUAUAUGGAACGCGUGAAAUCUGGGUUGGUGGAUAAGCUAGUACACCGAUGGCACGGCCCCUUCAGAGUAAAACAAGGCUGUCCCCAGCAGACAGAGACCAUGGCCCACAUUCUAAACCAUUGUGACGCGAACAACGCCAGCAUCAGAGCGCUUCACGACCGCGUGCUGGACGGCAUCGCUGAGCAGCUGCGCGUGGUGAAGCGCACGGGCAGAGUGGAGCUGCGCAUCAACCAGACGGUGGUCCAGGCGCCCACCUCCACACUCCGCCCCGACAUUCAGCUGGUCGACCACGACCACAAGCGAGUGGUGCUGGCUGACCUCGUGGUCGCCUUCGACGCGGACACGGCAGGCCACCGCGCCACCGGACUCGACGCAGCCCACGCCGACAAACUGGUGAAGUAUGCGCCGCUGUGCGCGAGUUCCAACACCGUGGUUGGGGCACGACGGUGA